UACUUGUUCUUAUUCCCAACAACUGAAACGACUCCAUCUAAAAAACAAACCCCGUGACCGUCACCACCGGUCACGCUCGCCCUAACUAACUCCUCUUCUCUUUUCCCCACUCUCAUGGCAUUCUUCCAGAACCGCGUCGUUUUCCCGAAAGAGGAAUAUCCAGAGAUCUUAGAGGAAUACGAGUUGGAGGAAGAGGAGGAGGAAGAAGAAGACGACUACGUUUUAGAACCACACGAGUAUCUCACCAACAACGAAACUGAACAAUCUCAUUCAACCUCCUCCGCCAUCCCUACCGUCAUAUUAGCCUUGCCUAACGCCGCAACUGCUGUCGCUGAAUCGCCUGAGCCAAAACGGCAGCGAAUUGAGCAGGUGGAGGAGAAGAAGUCCAUGGAGGAUUCGCGGAAAUUGUUUCAGCGUCUCUGGACUGACGAGGAUGAGAUCGUAAUUUUGCAAGGGUUUCUGGAUUACAACGCGAAUCGAGGAUCGGCUUAUCAUAACGACUCUGCGUCGUUCUAUGAUCAGAUUAAGUCGAAGCUUCAGCUCGAUUUCAACAAGAGCCAGCUUGUUGAUAAACUGCGAAGGUUGAAGAAAAAGUAUCGAAACCUUCUCCAGAAAUUCGAUUCUGGCAAGGAGUUUUUCUUCAAAACCGCUCAUGAACAAGCUACCUUCGAAAUUUCACACAAAAUCUGGAACAUUGCAACUCCAAUUGGGAUUCCUGUUGAAGACGACGGCGAAAUAAACCCCAACCCUAACCCAAACGCUAACCCUAACCCUAGCCCAAAUUCAGGUCAUACUACGCCGGUGAAGAAUGAGCCGGUUAUUGAGAAGAAAAGGAAGGGAUCGCGAACCGCAGCGGAGGAGAGGCAGCAGCUACGCAAGUUGAACGAUAAUUCAGCAAUGAACAAAGAUAAUCAUAAUAAUUCUACUAACAACAAUAGUAGCAAUGCUGAAGAUGAAAGUGGUGAUAAGAGUAACAGUAGGCAUAACGUGCCUGUAUUGAUUGAAGAGACUGUGAAGAGUUGUUUGACUCCAUUCUUGAAGGAGUUAUCAAGUACUAGUAACAUGGGGAGUCCGUUUGGUUUUGGAGGGAGAGGGCUUGGGGGUGGAGGUUUUUCAUUGAAUCCAAUGCCAUUUAGUUUUCUGAAUUUCGGGAAUGGGGAUAAGGUGGGAGAUGAAAAGUGGAAGAAUCAACAGAUUUUGGAGCUGGAAGUGUAUUCUAAGCGUUUGGAGCUGGUGCAGGAUGAGAUCAAGGUUGCUUUGGAGGAGUUGAGGUCAAAUUCUGGAGCUGGAGCUGGAGGAAGCAGAAAAUUUUAACCAUUUGAUAAGUUAAUAGCAUAUCUAGACAGCUAGUAAUUUUCUUUUCACAGUUUUGGUUUUCUUUUGUUUGGAAAUACAGCUUUGGCUUUUCAUAAUGAUUGCAAUUGCAUAGAAACAGUUCAAUAAUAUAUGUUUUAUUUUUUUACUGCUCUA